AUGGUUUCCUUGCUCUUUCUGCUUGUUGUUCCUCAUCCGGUUGGAUCUCUCCCUCUCCAACUCGCUAACUUCUUACCUUUCUUCUCCACUCCAAUCCGUGAACUAUUACACAGCUGGUCUUCUGUCACUCAAGAAGGAUAUAAAAAACAGGAGGAUGGAGACCUUGGCUUCCAAGUUGGAACCCAUCAAAGCCCAACAGCAACUCACGUCUCAUCUCCUCAUUUCACCCCUUACACACCUUCUUCCACUUUCAUCCCCUGUCACGAAGUGACAAGACAGUUUGAUAGUGAUAGUGAUAGGAUGGGUCGGGUAUUUAACCAGCCACCGGCGGUAUGUAGUAACCGCCGGUUAAUAGGCCUUUUAGCGCAAUGGUUUAGACCACUGUCUCUGAAGGGCACUGUUAUAUCGUCCCAAUGCUGGUUAGUUGGUCUCGUGACAUCCCCUGAUCAUCCAGCACAACCCCUUAUCCUGACUCAAACUCACACGCCUACACAGAAACCUCGGUCCGAGUUCGAGUCCGACACCGCGCACCCUUUCUCCUACCCCCAACAAAGACCCAUGAGGCAAGCUGCCGGGGACAGAAUUAGGGAGGAAGCGUACCUGCAGGCACAAGUGGAGCAAGUUUGGGUGAAAGCAAACACUUCCGCGGAGGUGGAGGCGGAAGAAGAGGGAACAGUAGCGGUAGUAGAAAUUCCGAGACGGAAGAUCUUCGAAAAGUUUGAAUGGAGUUUGGUUCUGAAAGCCAGGAAGGUCAACGGAUGA